AUGGCGGCGGGCGCGGGCAAGAACCUGGGGGUGGAAAGACUCCUCUCCUACACCGAAGAUCUCGUGGGCGUCCUCCGCGCCAGCACCGACCGCGACGGCAACGCGCAGGUCGGCACCGUAGCGCGGAGGCUGCUGUCCGGCUAUCGAUUCGAGUUUGACGACCUCGAGCUGCAUAUCAAAGAAAAGAAAAGAAAGAAAUACACGAAAGUGGCUAUGGGUUUCACCACUAAAAUGGUGGCUAAAUCUUUUCCUCUGUUCACCAAAGCUCAGAAAAUUAUUUGUGAACUGUGGUAUCUGAUUAGCCGGCAAAAGUGUAGCUUCGGUAGUGAACAAAAGGCAGUUGUUGAACCGCUUCCAAAGAGCCAAGAAGAGAGGUUAUCCUCGUCAGUUCUGUCUUGCUGGACGACGCUGCUUGUUGAUGCCGGCUAUGACAAGGGACAACAGAACCUGGGUCGGGUCGGGUGGGCGGUCCGCGCGGCGGAGGGCGCCGGUGGGUCCCGGUGCGGGCCGUCGCCGCUGGCGGGCGCGUUCGGGAUCGCGGCACGGUGCAACGCCACGUCGUCGUCCGCGGUGUCGGAGGCUGCCGGCGUCCACACGCUACCCCGGACGGAGCCCGUGGUGUCGGCCGAGUGGCUGCACGCCAACCUCAAGGACCCCGACGUCAAGGUACUUGAUGCCUCUUGGUAUAUGCCUGCAGAACAAAGGAAUCCAUUACAAGAGUACCAGGUGGCCCAUAUUCCUGGUGCUUUGUUCUUUGAUGUUGAUGGAAUAUCUGACAGAACAUCUAGUUUACCACACAUGCUGCCAUCUGAAAAGGCAUUUUCAGCUGCUGUAUCUGCUCUUGGCAUCUACAACAAAUAUGGGAUAGUAGUUUAUGAUGGAAAGGGGCUGUUCAGUGCUGCUCGUGUUUGGUGGAUGUUCCGUGUAUUUGGACAUGAUAAAGUUUGGGUGUUAGAUGGAGGUUUGCCCCAAUGGCGUGCUUCUGGGUACGAUGUUGAAUCAAGUGCCUCCAGUGAUGCCAUCCUAAAGGCUAGUGCGGCUGGUGAAGCAAUUGAGAAAGUGUACCAGGGUCAAUCGGUUGGUCCAACCACAUUUGAAGCAAAGCUGCAGCCUCAACUUCUUUGGAGUCUUGAUCAGGUGAAAGAGAACAUCAAGACCCAGACACAUCAACUUAUAGAUGCUCGAUCAAAACCUAGAUUUGAUGGCACAGUUCCUGAGCCACGAAAGGGCAUUAGAAGUGGGCAUGUGCCUGGGAGCAAAUGCGUUCCGUUUCCCCAGGUUCUUGACAGCUCACAAAAGCUAUUGCCUCCAGAUGAGCUCCGUAAACGGUUUGAGCAAGAAGGAAUAUCACUUGAUCAACCUCUUGUGACCUCUUGCGGCACUGGUGUGACAGCAUGUGUAUUAGCCUUGGGCCUUCAUCGUUUUGGCAAAACCGACGUCGCAAUUUAUGACGGAUCAUGGACUGAAUGGGGCGCCCAUCCUGACACUCCAGUUGCAACAGCUGUUUAG